AUGCACAUCAAGUCGAUAACCCUUCAAGGCUUCAAGACGUACAAUGAGGCGACUACCAUCACCUUUUCAGAAGGCUUUGGCCACAAUGGCAGCGGAAAGUCAAAUAUUCUCCUUGGCUUCUCCUUCGCCCUGGGGGAGAUCGGAAACUCCGCAGCAGAGCGGCGCCUACUGCUGCACGAAGGAGUGCACGGGCGGGUGACGAGCGGCUUUGUAGAGUUAAUUUUAGACAACUCCAGCAGACGGCUUUGCAUGUAUGACGCGGAUUCGGUUGUCAUUCGCCGUUCGUUUUCCUCCGAGACCGACGAAAUAACUGUUCAAGGAAAUAUUGUGGGCCGCAGCCGCAACAGCAGCAGCAGCAGCAGCAGCAGCAGCAGGAGCAGCAAGAGCUCCUUUAUAAUACACCAAGGACGCAUUCAGGAGGUCGCAGUUUUGUCUGCUGCUGGGCGUUUGUCGUUACUCUCCGCUGGCUGCUGCAGCUUCAUCGAAGAAAAGACAAAAGAAACAGAUUUGCUGCUGCAAAAAGCCUAUUGGGUAGAGGCAGCGGAGACACUCAAACAGGCUAAGGAGAGACAAGAACAACACCGAGCAGCAAUUCGCCGCCUUGCUGCAGAUGCAGCGGCUGCAGAGGCCAACCGCGAUGAAGCAGCAGCUCAGCUCGCCAAUCUUUCGCUUGAGCAUUCAUCUCAACUUGAAAGAAAAAAGCAAAUGGAGAGCCUGACUAAUGAGCUGCAAUGCGAAGAAAGUCGUCUGCGGCUGGAGUCAAAUUUGCUGGCGGGUGAAGCGGAGGCGCAGCAGCAAAAGAGAGAGACGAUGAAGGAGUUGCUGCUAGAGAAGAAAAAAGAAAUGCAGCAUAUUCAGGAGGAGCUGGAGAAGAAGCUGCGACCGCAGCACGUUGCUGCUGCUGCUGCGUAUUCAGCUGCUCAGCAGCAGCACACACAGCUGCAGCAGCAGCUGCAGCAGCUGCAGCAGCGUCAUUCCUUUUCAGGUGUAUCCGCAGCAGCACGGCAAGCAGCAAUAAGAGAGCGACUGAGAGACAUCGAGCAGCAGCAAAAAACAGAAGCAGCUCAUGACAAACAAAACAAAAGAAAGAUUCAGGAGUUGACGGCGGAGGCGAAGGAAGCAGAAAAGAAAGUUGCUGCAGCAGCAGCAGCAGCAGCAGCAGCAAAAGCAACAAUGGAUGAAGCAACGAGAGACAUCGCCAAGCUCAAGGCGCCGCUAGAAGAGGUGGUAGAGCAGCUGCGGCAGCAGCAGGCGGUGCUUUCGGGUUUGCUGCAGCAGCGCAAUGCUGCAGAAGCAGAAGUAGAGCCGGAGUAUUACAGCGCCGUGGAGGCUGUAGGGGGUUUCGCAUUAUUUCAGUUUGUUGUAGAAGACGCAGCAAAAGCUUUAGAAGCAGUGGCUAGGCUUAAGCAGCAGCAGCAGCAGCAGCAGCAGAAGCAGCAGCAGCAGAGUGGGUUGCUGCUGCAGCGCAGGUGCUGCGUCUCUAUCGUCCCUCUGAAAGAAGUGGUGCAGCAGCAGCAGCAGCAGCAGCGGCACCGCAGUCUGUGGCAGCAGCAAAUGCAGCAGAAGGCGCAGCAGCUGCUCGAUGAAGGCGUCGCUAUGCCUCUCACAGAGUGUAUACGCGUGCUGCCUGAAGCAGCAGGCAUUCAUACAGCAGCAAUUGAGGUGUAUAUUCAGAGUAUAUUUCGUUUAACUCUUUUGGUUCCAUCUCUUGACUCCCCUCAAGUGCAGCAAUUAAAUGCAAGCGGCUAUAACUGCGUGGAUCUGUCGGGUCUACGAAAUGCACAGAAGAAAGAAGAGCAAUUAACUGCUGCUCACCAGCAGCAGCAGCAAACGCUAACGACGCUUCAGCAGCAACACAGAGAGCUGCUGCUGCAGGAGCAGCAGCUAAUAGAGAAGCGCCUCGAUUCUCAUCAUAAAGCACAGGCAGCCUUGGAGCAGCAGCAGCAGCACAAGCUGCUGCGGCAUGAAGCCCUUCAAGCGGAACAGGCACCCUUGACAGCAACAGAGCAGGAGCUGCUGCAGCAGCUGCCGCAGCAACUGCAGCAGCAGCAGCAACUACUGCAGCAGCUGCUGCAGCGGGUGGAAGAGACAGCAGCAGCAGUAAGCGAGGCCGAAGAAACCCUCGAAGUGUCUCUAAGAAGAGGCGUUGAUCGGCUGGAACGCGAGGCGCGGGAGGAGGAAGGCGAGGGUUUAGGGUUUAGGGUUUAUGCGCGCGUUGAUGCGGAAGCAGCCGCUCUCCUGAAGACUCGACAGCAGCAAGAAGAUGCAGCAGCAGAACUGGAAACUACCAUAAGAGCGCUAGAGGGCAAGCUAGCUGCUGCACGAGAGCGGCAAGCAGCAGCAGAAGCCUCUCUUCAGGCUGCUGCAGCACAGUUGGAGCAGCAAAAUGUUUUGCUGCAGCAAUCGCAGCUGGAAGAAACUGCAGCAGCCGCCUUCUGCAGUUUGCUAACGUCAAUAGAAAGGCUGUCGCAGAGCUCGCAACCAUCACAGGACAGCAGCAGCAACAACGGUGUGUUGGGUGCUGCUGCAGAUGACUUUAAGGCCCUAAAGAACAGAGAAAAACUUCAAGAUGAAUCCCUGCUGCUGCUGCAGCAGCAACUGCAGCAGCUGCAGCAACGGCGGCAGCAGCUGCUGCAGCAGCAGCUGCGGCGUAUAGACGCACACUUCUCUGCUCUAUUCGCACAACUCGUACCUGGAGGGAGUGCUAGACUUGAGUUGGCGGAGGAUAUUGGUGAUGAUUCUGCUGCGGAGUCGGGGAUGACGAAGGGGGUUGAAAUGCAGCUAAAUUUUAGUGCAGCAGCAGAAAACAGAGAAACCCUAAACAUGCAGAGACUCUCAGGGGGGCAGAAGACAGUAGCAGCAGCAGCACUGCUGCUGGCGCAGCAGCUCGCAAGCAGCAGCAGCAGCAGCAGCAGCAGCGGCAGCGGAGAGGGUUUGCUGCUGCUAGACGAGCCCGAUGCUGCUUUAGAUAGCCAGUACGCACAGAGGUUAGCAGCAACACUGCAGAAUGCAGCAGCAAACCUCAAGUGCCAAGUCAUCAUCACCACCCUACGGAAGGAGCUGCUGAGCUGCGGCGACAAGUUUUGGCUGGUGCAGCAAAUUCAAAGGGCCUCAAAGCCGAGAGAAAUUACAAAGGAAGAAGCAGCAGAGUUGCUGCUGGAGAUGCCGCAGCAGCAGCAGCAGCAGCAACAGCAGCAGCUGCUGCUGCCCCAACGGGCGCUCCCUGAAGCUGUGCCCUCUAUGGGGUAG